UAAUGCAUAGUAAUAAUAAUUGGCUUAAUUUCAACCAUGAAAUACCGUCUCAGAAUAUAGGUAACAUCAAAGUACAGAACAUCAUCACUAUCAACGCACGAACCCCUAACUUGCUGCCACCGCCUUACACAACAGCCUUGUCCAACGAAAAUGUUCAGCCUAUGCCAUUACAGUCUCAAUAUCAAAACCAUAUCGACGAAAGCAAGCGGAUACAUGGGCCGAAAGUAUCUGAUUUUGUCGGCAAUUCAAGAAAAAGGUCAAAUUUACAAAGAAACGCAGAGCUGAGUCUUCCUCCGGAGUUUGGCGAUCAGAAGUUAUUUCAGAACGGGUUCAAAAGUGACUCUUUUUUGAACUCUUCUAACUAUUUCAAGCCAAUUUCGUCUAAUUUCAGUGACUCAAUUUCGCCACCUUGUAAUGAAAACAGUCUGAAUUCGCCAGCUGAGACUCCGAAACGGGCCAAAUUUGUCAAUCCGAAUGAAGUUAAACUCGAGAUACAAAAUAACUUUGGUUGUGUGAACGAUAUCUGCGAUAAAGAAAAUGAGAAUAGAAAGAGUACUUUGGAAUGCUCGAAAGACCAAGAGGAAUCUAAGGUCACCAAAGGUCAUCAGAAGCCGCCUUAUUCGUAUAGCUAUCUGAUUGUGUUGGCACUUAAAAACAGUAAAAACGGGUAUUUACCUGUAACUGAUAUCUACAGCUUCGUAAGACGACAUUACCCUUUCUACGAAACGGCAACGGAUGUAUGGAAGAAUUCCAUUCGGCAUAAUCUGUCUCUGAGCAAGGGCUUCGAGAAGGUGGCCAGAUACAACCCAGAGGCUCCCAGCAGCAAGAAGGGAUGUCUGUGGGCCAUGAACCCAGAAAAGAUACACAAGGUGGACGAGGAGUUGGCCAGAAUCAGAGCUAAAGACCACCAGCAGAUUCUGGACAGCAUGCGGUAUCCAGACAGACUGGACGUGAUAGAGAGCGGCUGUCAUGGCUUCGGAGGAGUAGUGGACUCUUUCAAGGCACAGUAUGGCAUGUCCCAAUUCACCCCGUAUGUCAGAAUGUACAUCAAGGAGUCUCUUCUUAGGGAGCCAUGUAUACAGCUGGACAACGAACACUGGGAAGCUGUUACUCUGCCUGAAAAUCCAGUAUCAAUCAACGGAAUGUAUGUGUCGAAUGUCAAUCAUCCGCCGCCAUACCACUCGAACAUCGCCCGGGAACCUCCCGUAGUCCAACAACGCAAUCUUCCUCCGUCUUACACGCAUCCACUUAACCUAGCGUCACAUCCAGCGAUGAUGUCCAGCCAACAGCACGAUUAUCACGCAUUCGAUUCCAACUACGGCGCUGUUCCACCUAACGUGCUGAAGUCAAGACAGAAUAAUUCCAAAAACGGUGCUGCCAAACUGAACUUUCCAAACGUGUCGAUGUAUUCUAGCGUAGCUCCAGCUGUUCAUCGUAUUGAAAGCAAUAUAAGUCUUCCGGCUCAUUUUUGGUCACCGACACAACAGCAAAGCUCAAUAAAUACAAGUAUGAGUCCCUUCAAUGACUUAACACCAAGGUCAAAUGUUAUGGGAUCAGCAAGUUACUUCAGUGAAGGACCUAUUAUUAACUUCACUUAUGGCAACAUGUAUGCAAAUCAGAACGGAUCCCACAGCAACUCACAGCUUGUUGUGAAUCGCCAGGAAGGAUCGUCGCCUUUCCUGGACUCUGUCGCUGGUCUCCCGAUAGCUACAGGUUGCACACCCUACGGGAGUCCGUCGGUAGAUCCGACAACUUUCGUCACGCCUUCGACCCACCAAAUCAUCAGUCGCUUAGGGUCCGGGUCAGGUGAUUUUGUCUCGCCUUACAACUCAAAUUCAAUCAGUGGAAACUUUAGCAACCUAGACGGCGGUGAAAUUUUGAACUAUAAUGAUAGUCUGUUUGAAAAUCUGAAUACAGGAUGUUAUAGUGUGCAGUAUUAGCCAGUAGCUGAGCUCUCGUUUGUUACAGUAAAUUAAAAACUUAAGUUUAACUUCUUGAGGUGUUAAUCUUUUCCGUGCUUCAUUGAUGUGCCUUCGAUGUUUUGAACAUCACCUGGUUUGUUUUAAUUUCAGGCCUUUUUUCUGUGCUUUGUUUUGAUGCUAAGAUUUGUUUUGUAUUUUUUGUGGCCUCUACUUGCAGUAGAUAGCAACCUUAAAUGACCCAGAGCUUCUCAACACGGCCGAAGUAAGGUUUCAGUGACAGCCUAUUUAAAGUAUUUUUUAUUUAAGGUCUCUGUCGAUUAUUUAGACCUCAAUAUCGUAUUUAUGUCCUCUAUAUGAUGUCUUUGUCAAAUCUAGGUUAGACUCUCUCUUCCUUAUUGUAAGUUAAUUGUCUUAGUCAUCUCUCUUAUGUAAUAUUAUUAGUGCUUAAUUGACCUUUGAAAAAUUGACAUCGCUAGUUUGUUAAUUAGUUACCUUUUUCUCGGUGACCGAGAAUCUAGUGUUUCCAGCUAGCUUUAAUACUUGUGCAGUCUUAUGCGUUGUUCUCGUAAUCUUGUUUAUUAGAUGCAUUUUCAAUUUGAAAUCUAUUUAUAAUUGAAAAUUUCAUGAGUGA